UUUAUAUUUAAAACAUCGUCUUUGGUCAAGUCCUGUUCUAACACAAGAUUAGGUCGAAACGUAGGUGUUAAUAAAUUUACCAAGUUAUAUUCAUGCUGAAAUGGCAUUAGUAAAUCAGAUUCUUCGUCGAGGAAUUUCGCAAACUGCAGCGCGUAAUGCUGUCACUGGUCCGUCUGCGGUGUCUGGUCAUGAAGCUGGUGGUUAUAAAGUCUGGAAAAAACUUUCUUUUUUCGUCGCUCUACCGGCUGUUGGAUUGUGCAUGCUGAACGCAUAUUUGAAACAUCAGGAAGAACACGGCCAUCCGCGUGCUGAGUUUGUGCCGUACGAGCAUUUGCGUAUACGUAAUAAGCGUUUUCCGUGGGGUGAUGGCAAGAAAAGUCUUUUUCACAAUGCUCACGUAAAUCCAUUGCCAGAUGGUUAUGAAGAGUAGUGUGUCGUGAGGCACAAGUGCAAACUUCGAUACAAGUUUGCUUAAUUUGCUAGUCGUGCAAAAGUAAAAUAAAAUAUACAACAAA